AGAAAACAAAAAAGAGAGAGAGGAAAAAAAAAGACGAAAUCGAAAAAGAAAAGAACCGUUUCUUCUACUACUUCAUCUUCUUGGUCUCGUCUUCUUCCCCGUGAAUAAGGUCAUCAAAAGCAACAAAAAAAAUUAUAAUACAAAUUCCACCGCUAAUCCGACUAACAACAAAGGUGUGGGUGGCUUCACUGUUUCAAGAAUUGAAAGAUCUAAUAUUUGUUAUUAUCCCUUCCUUGCCGACGGUUUAUGCUUUAUUCCCGUUCGCUUUCUCCUCUCCGGUGACCUAAAAUCUCUUUCAAAAGGAUUUUAUUUAUCACUAUUAUGAAGAGCAGGAGCAGCAAGGUCAAUAUCAACAACGGAGAUAAUCAUCAGACGAGAAACGGUACAAAUGGCUUUUUGCCUAAUUCCCUAAAAUUCAUAUCAACCUGUAUCAGAACCGCUUCCUCCGGCGUGCGCUCAGCUAGCGCUUCCGUCGCUGCUUCUCUCUCCCCCGAAUCCCACGAGCUCAAGGAUCAGGUGCUGUGGUCUUCCUUCGAUAGGUUACAUACAAGUGAAUCUUCUUUCAAGAACCUUCUUUUACUAGGUUAUGCCAACGGGUUUCAAGUCCUUGAUAUCGACGAUGCAAGUGAUGUCAGCGAACUUGUGUCGAGGCGGGAUGAUCCAGUUACGUUUCUACAGAUGCAGCCUUUACCUGCUAAAUGUGAAGGAAUCGAAGGAUUUAGUGCUUCGCAUCCCAUGCUUAUAGCAGUUGCUGAUGAAGCCAAGGGCUCAGUUCCUCCUAUUAGAAAUGGUUAUGAUGAUCCUCUUGCCCUAUCUCCCACGGCUGUACGAUUCUAUUCACUUAGAUCUCACAACUAUGUUCAUGUUUUGAGAUUCCGAUCUACUGUCUAUAUGGUCAGAUGCAGUCCCCGGAUUGUAGCUGUUGGCCUCGGUUCACAGAUAUACUGUUUUGAUGCGCUAACUCUUGAAAACAAGUUUAGUGUCCUCUCAUAUCCUGUUCCUCAGCUUGGAAACCAAGGGGUCAAUGUCGGAUAUGGACCAAUGGCUGUCGGAUCUAGAUGGUUAGCUUAUGCUUCCAAUAAUCCCUUGUCCUCUAGUAUAGGUCGCCUUAGCCCUCAGAAUGUUACUCCCCCUGGAGUCAGUCCAUCUACCUCCCCUAGCGGUGGUAAUCUAGUGGCGAGAUACGCCAUGGAAUCUAGUAAGCAUUUGGCGGCGGGUUUACUUAAUUUAGGUGACAAAGGUUACAAGACUAUAUCUAAAUACUGUCAAGAUCUAAAACAUGACGUUCCUGGUUCCUCUCUUUCGUCCAGUCCUGGCCAGAAAGUUGGUCGGGGCGCAACUUCUGCUGCAGAUUCAGAUGUUGCUGGAACGGUUAUUGUCAAGGAUUUUGAAUCCCGGGCUAUUAUAGCACAAUUCAGGGCUCACACCAGUCCAAUAUCGGCGCUCUGCUUCGACCAAAGUGGCACUCUAUUAGUGACGGCCUCGAUCCACGGUAACAAUAUUAACGUUUUCCGGAUUAUGCCAUCGCCUUCAAAGAAUGGACCAGGUCCCCAAAGCUAUGAUUGGAGCUCUUCCCAUGUGCCUCUUUACAAACUGCAUCGUGGCAUGACAUCAGCUGUAAUACAAGAUAUUUGCUUUAGUAGCUACAGCCAGUGGAUUGCAAUCGUGUCAUCUAAGGGUACUUGCCAUAUUUAUGUUCUGUCCCCGUUUGGAGGAGAAAAUGUUAUUGAGAUACGGAGUUCUCAUGUCGAUGGACCAACGCUUGCUCCGACAUUGUCCCUGCCGUGGUGGUCGAGCCCAUCGCUUAGCACCACCCAUUUUACGUUUCCACCACCAGCAUCGGUAACUCUUUCUGUGGUUAGCCGAAUCAAAUGCAACAAUUUCUUCCAUGCUGCCAGUUCCGUUGUAGGAAAACCGUCCUUCCCUUCUGGCUGUCUUGCUGCUGUUUUCCAUAAGGCAGUCCCGCAGGUGUCAGCUCCUGCGUUAGACUAUCUACUUGUUUACACUCCAUCGGGUCAUGUAGUUCAAUACAAACUCAUUCCAUCUCUUGGAGGAGGAGACCAGGCUGAGAGCAGUUCGCGAAUAGGAGCAGCUGAAGAGGAAUUAAGAGUGAAAGUCGAACCCGUUCAGUGUUGGGAUGUCUGCCGGAGAACAGAUUGGCCAGAGAGAGAAGAGAAUAUAUGCGGAAGAGUUGCAGAGGACAGCGUUGAUGCUUCUGAUCUAGCGAAGCCUCUCGAGAAACACCACGUUUAUGUUGCCAAUGCAGAGGUUCUAAUAAACUCGGGAAGAAAACCAAUCUGGCAGAACUCAGAGAUAUCUUUCUAUCCCAUGUUUCGACCGGACUCCGCUGGAUUGAACCACGGGGAGAUGGAAAUCGAGAAAGUAUCUGCAAAUGAGGUUGAUAUCAGGCGCAAGGAUCUGCUGCCUGUGUUCGAUAAUUUUCACAGUGUGUAUUCCAGUAUGCGUAACAGAGGAUUUCCUGUUGAAAGAGAUUCAGAUUCUUCUUCUUCUUAUUCUGAUCCUGGGCUAGUUAAAGGUAGAGGAAGUAGUUCCUCCCAUUUUGCACUAACUCCGAACCAAGACCCUCAUAGCGGAAUUGUAACAUUCAAACAACCAGUGGUUUCCAUUUCUUCUGCUGUGAAAGACACUGAUUAUACUGUAGACGACGCUCAUAUGUUGCUAAAGAACGCCUCCCUGCCCGCUGAAACAACAAUUGUAAACAACAGCGGGACAAGCGGAGCUUCAAAUGUAAGUUCUAACCCUUCUGAUCUCAGCAUGAAUGCUACGGACGAAAGUGAGGAGGGACCUGUUGAUGAUGGCUACCCAAACUUUGAGCAGUUUUUUAAGGAAACUGCUAAAGAAGCAGAGAACAAGAAUGCUCCAUCUGAUCAAAGAAAACUAGAUGAUGAUGAUGAUGAUGACGACGAUGACGACAUGCUUGGUGGUGUUUUUGCUUUCUCCGAAGAAGGUUGAGUUUUUAGUUCAACUAUGGCCAAUCUUUAAUGGAGAACGGAAGUUCGCUUACGAAUCCCUUUCGCUGCAAAUUACUCACAGAUGGAUCUUAAUACCCUAAAGAAAACGUUCAAAAUCAAUUCCCUUUUAUCAUUUGCUUCUGUAAUUGCUUGUAAAUGGAUUAUUCGUUAUCCACGGUCUCUCUAUUUGUAUGGACUGUUUUCUUGGUUUCUUUGUAAUUCACGUGUACCUUUAUACAUUCAUUGGAAAAAAGAGAGAAAAAAAAGAAGAAACAAAACAGGCAUGAAAAAGAAUAA